CGUUGAGUCGAUGAUCAAACAAGGAGUCAUCCUAAAGGGAGGGGUUCCAGCGGAGGAGUCGGAGUUGGACAUGUAGACUCAGACGCCAAGGGAUGUGAUAGUCCAGGCCCUUUGACGCUCCCCUGAGCAAGCCAUAUAAAGCCAUCAAGGAAGACUUGAAAGACUUCUCUUGACCACUCUCUACCCUUGACACCCCCCACUUCUCCAGAUAGCCCUGUCUCGCAUCUUGAAGCGAAGAAAAUAAUACAAUGACGAACUCAACGAACGAAGACACUGGUCUAGCCGCAGAGGCUGUGAGCCAAUACGAAGAAGCAAACUUCAGCCUGGACCUCUUUAGCACUGGCGCAGGUGCCACCUAUUUCGAAAACUGUCAUGGCAGAACGCCGGGGCAGUGGGCGUCUGAGCGCGGCAUCGAAUACACUCCUGGUCAGUUUGUGGAGAGCCUGAUAGAGCAAGUUAUGGCAACCGAAGGGGACGAGAAGACAAGGCUAUUAAGAGAGCUACACGAGACAUGGAUAGACGACCUCAGAGGAUCAGUCGACGUGCUACCGGAUCAUAUGUGGCUGUUUGAUCGGCUGGACUGGAUGACUAAUGAAGAGCUGACCAGGUCUAAAUCUGACAUCGUCGCAUCUGUCGCCAACGAGGCCUCCCUUGAUAAUGCUCCUGAGCAUCUGCAAAGAAGUCUCACCGAGGAGCUGUUUGCAGAGGAUGCGCCUCCAAGUGUGAAAAGGAAGGUCUGGAGCGACGCUGUGAGACUUUGGAUCGACGCGGCCGUCACACAGUCCGAGAAUCUUCACGAUGACUCGGAUGAAGAAGCCUCAUCAGUCUCAAGCAAACACAGCCAAAAAAGUGGUGCAGCUCUUCCACCUGACAUGGAUGGUGUCUCGGACCGUCUCGGAGCUUUGCAAAUCUAAUUAUGCAUGGACUAGGCUGUCGAAAGCCAGUUCGUAAUAUCCGCU